AUGCCUAUUUCUUUUCCUUCAUUGAAAGAAUUAAUAGCAAAAGAAGGACUAAAAAGUGUUCCAGAGAGAUAUAUUCAUAGGGAUAUUGACCAUCCAAUUUUAUCUAGCAAAGAUUCUUUGCAACAGCUUCCUAUAAUUGACCUUAGCAAAUUGUUGUCUGAAGAAGUGAAGGGUCCUGAAUUAGAGAAGCUGGACAUUGCAUGCAAAGAAUGGGGUUUCUUCCAGCUAAUUAAUCAUGGACUUAGCAUGGCAUUGAUGGAAGAUAUGAAGAUAGGUGCUAAAGAGCUCUUCAACCUUUCAAUGGAAGAGAAGAGUAAGCUUUGGCAGAAACCAGGAGAUAUGGAAGGGUUUGGUAAAAUGAUUGAUGUGUAUGAAGAUGAACCAUCAGAUUGGGUAGAUUUGUUCUACAUUUUCACACUUCCUGCCCACUUAAGGAAGCCUCAUUUAUUCCCUAAUUUACCACUGCCAUUCAGGGAAAACUUAGAGACCUAUUGUACAAAGAAUAGAGAACUUGCAAACAACAUUUUGGAUCUUAUAGGGAAAGCUCUUGGCAUAGAAUCAAAUGAUAUUAAAGAGUCAUUAGGAGAAGGAGGACAAUCAAUUAGGAUAAACUACUAUUCUCCAUGUCCUCAACCAGAAAAUGUUCUUGGUCUUAAGGCUCAUACUGAUGCAUCUGCCCUCACCAUUCUUUUCCAAAACAAUGAAGUUGAAGGACUCCAAAUUAAAAAAGAUGGAACAUGGAUUAGUGUUAAGCCACUCCCAAAUGCUUUUAUCGUUAGUCUUGGAGAUGUUAUGGAGGUAAUAACAAAUGGUAUAUACAAGAGCACUACACACCGAGCAAUAGUAAACUCAACAAAAGAGAGACUAUCCAUUGCAACAUUUUAUGGUCCAGAAUGGUGUAAAAAUAUAGGUCCAGUAUCAUCUCUUUUAACUCCACAAACACCACCAUUGUUCAAAACAAUUGGUGUAGCUGAUUUCUACAAAGGAUAUCUUUCACCUGAAAAUCAUGGCAAAUCAUACAUACAUGAUGUUUUGAAGAUCCAAAAUCAAGACAUCAAAGAUUAGCUCCUGAAAUUUAAUUUGUAUGUGAAUUGUGAUUAAUGGAAAAUAAAAGUCUAAUAAACCUUCAAUAAUAAACAAUAAUGUAAUUCUUUACUUAUUUGUUUCAAAUACUAGUACAUGUAUAAGUUGUUCAUCACAGGAUUUGCAGAGUACUUUGGAGUAAAGUACUCAGCCUCAGGAAUAACUAAUUGAGAAUAUUUGUUAAUUUUAUUUAAUUUUUUAAUAUGUAAUUAGGAAAGAGAAGUGCUUUAUAUAGCACCACUUGUAUACAACACCUAUAGUCGUAUCCUCGUGAUGUGAAAUAAAAAUUUGUUGCAAUU